AUUCACAAUCAGCGCUACAGUCAGUCACACUUCCGGUAUCAUUCGGUACCUUAUACCGUAUGUACCGGAGGGUACGGAGACGGAGAUAAUUAAUUGUAAUUUUUUGUAUAAACCAUUUAGAUCUAGGCUAGGCCUAUCUGGUAUGUGCGUAAACUACUUUGCUUCUCGCCUACUUGCUCAUCAUCGAGCCUCAGUUUGUGCUGAAGGACACGGACAUAAAAUCUGACUCAAAAUCAGGACAGAGAAGUCAUGUUGAGCUGAACGACUGGAUUGGGUCGGAUACUGGAACACCUGCCGAACCGUCAGCGCAUCCUCUCGACUCAGUCAGGAUCAGGCACACGCCACACGCGAUUGAGAGAAAGUGAACUGGCAACAUGAAGUGGCAGCUCAAUAUUAGUUUGAAGAGGAAGAAGAUAAUAUCUCAGGUCUGCACAAGCAUAUUCUUCCUCUUUGCUGGUAUCGAAUAUGCUGUGAUUCUACCAACUCUCAACGACUACCUGAAGAAUGAAUUUCAUACCAAGCAGUUCUUCUACGGCAUUGUCCUGUCGGCCUUCUCCCUCUCUGGUGUAUUGGUCGCACCGGUCUAUGGUGUCUGGUAUGACAGGACACACAAAACAAAAAUGAUGAUUAUCUUUGCCAACAUGUGGGAAAUUGCAGGAAACCUUCUGUACUUCAUUGGAAUUAAUGAAUACUUUGUUCUUGGUGGAAGACUUCUAGCUGGUGUUGGUGCUGGGGUAGGGUCGGCCAUCUUUGCCCACAUCGCCCAGACAACGACGGAAGCAGAGAGGGCAGCAGCCAUUUCUAUUUUAAUGGCAACACGGCAGCUGGGAUUGCUUUUCGGACCAGGACUCAACGUUGCUCUUCAGAAAUGUGAUUUCUACAUUGGGUCAUUCCAUGUCAACAAGUACACCUCACCAGGGCUGCUCAUGGCCAUUCUGUGGGGACUGCAGCAGCUGCUCUUCCUGAUCGUAUACUUUGACAUCCCGACCCUGGAGCAACAGAAGAAGAUGGCCAAAGCUGAAGCAAUGCUCGGUUCCUCGGAGCAUGAGGGGGAGCAGUUCAGGGAUUAUGCUGCCCUCCCCAAUGGCAGCGUCCAGAAUGCUAGCAUUAAUCAGACCGAGGAGGAGGAGGUCAAAGAAAGACUGCUUAAUGGUAACGGUACUCUGGCUGUCAAUCGAUAUGAGGAAGCAAUGGGCCAACACAAUGUAGUUGCAGAUGCCAUAGGUGGAGGGGGAUCCGGUGAGUACAUCUCGGCACUGCCCCAAGAUGAAGCCUAUAUGCAACACGGUGGGGGCGGUGUCAAGGAAGAAGAGGAAGAGAAAGAAAAGCCUCCCGGUUUCUGCUGGUCACUUAAUGAAUGCCUUACAGAGGAGAUUGUUGUCCUUCUAGCUGUACAGUUUGUAUUUUAUUUCAAUCAACCAGGAUUAGAGACUGCUGUGGUUCCUCUAAAUGAGAUAUAUCUCAAUUUCAAUGAAAUUGAUAACAGUAUAUUUUACUGUGUGUGCGGAGUUGAGCUCCUAAUUUUCUUCUUGGUGGUGAAAAUAAUGAGCAAGAAGGUUUCCGACAGAAUGAUUCUUCUCAUCGGUCUUGUCAUUGAAACCUUGUCAUUAGGAUUGCUUGCAAUCUUUGUUCCGCGAUCGAUACCAGGUGAUGCAUCCAAGAACUUACCAACGUUUAUCAUAAGCUGUGGAAUUCAGGUGUCUGGUUUAGCAUUCUUAGCCGUCUCCAUCAUCUCGCUGUUCUCUAAGGUUGUGCCACAAAAAAUACAGGGUUUUAGUCAAGGUAUCCGCAGAGCUACAGGAGGCUUGGCUACCAUCAUGGGACCGUUGUGGAGUGGAUCCACCGUCUUGCAGCCUUUCCUCAUGCUCAUUGUAAUGGUGGUGCUCUUUGUGUUAGCAUUGGUUAUGGUUCUGGCAUCUUGGAAGCGUCUUACGGCCAAGUCUGAACGCAUGGGGGUGGUUUCACCAUCCAGUAUGCUCAAUGUAGAGAGUGAAACCGAACCCUUGCUUCCCUCUGAUGACGUACAGGCAUGAGAAAAGAAUAUGAUCAAUUCUUAAUUCGAUUGAUGCCAAAACACCAUCCAACACAACACCGUGAAACUGAGCCUUUUCUUUGCUCCGAGUAUGUAGAGCAAUUCUUCAUUUGAUCGGCACCUAAAUAUUUAUGGUACCAACUCUUGACAGCAUAUUACUAAUUGAUCUGCAUUCACUUCAUACUCUCUCUACUGUGUAAGCUGUUAUUUUCACGUACAUAAUUUUUGUUGAAUCGCGGGACUCCCGACAUUCGCGAGUUGAAUUCGCGAUCGAAAAAUUUACCAAACACUUCCACAGCAUUUCAGAGAAGCAAAAUAUGUGCAAAAAAAUGCUCCUCAAAUUCCCAUGCUGACGUGUCUUUUGUACUUGUCCCUGUAAAAAACAGAAAGUGUGAAAAAAGUGGCUUAUAUUUCACCUUUUUUUUUUACCUUUAGAUCUGAAAAUUCACCAUGCCACAGUUUGAUCUGUAAAAGUAAUCUUUGGAAGUUGUGUUCUGUUAGAUUCAUAAAAAAAAAGUUGUUUUAUGUGCAAAAAUGUUGAAUUUUGUGAACAGAAUCUUACGCCUCUAAAACUUCAGGUCAUGUGACUUAGGAAUAUUGAUGAGUAUGCAAAUAGCUGCCAAUGUACCUGUGUCAAUCAGAUAGCAAUAAAAUGAAACAAUAAUGAUUAUAAUGAUAAUAAUAAUACAUUUAUAUAGCACUUUUUGUUUCAACGCUUUACAUUAUAAUUACUAUUACCCCGGUUAUCAUUUCCUGGUAUGCCCGCACACUAUGUAUGCACUUUCUCCACUUUUUGUCUCAUUGCCCCACUGCCUGCCAUACUAUAGAUCACGGGUUUUGAGAAGUGCAGGUAUCACAAAUCAUCUAGUUAUGAUAUUCGAUGAGUAAUAUGAUAUUCUAAUGAAAUAGCAAAUUAUGAUUAUGGGAAGAGUUAUUACCAGUACUAACAUGAAAAAUGCACUUUUUCUUGUCAAUUGUUUUAAAAUUUAUGCAAUGUAAUAUAUAUAUAUUUGCAAAAUAACUUGCUUUGAUUGAAUGCUUAACAUGCAUGUAUAUGUUGGUCUAGAGCAGCGGUUCUCAAACUACGGCCCGCGGGCCGGAUCCGGCCCGCGGAGAUUCUCAAUCCGGCCCGCGAGACUCUGCUGGUUUUUUUUUAUCACUUUAGUCAUGAUAAGAAACAUAGCUCAAUAUAAUUACAUUGUGUAUCCAUGUAGACCUAACCGUAAUAAAAGUAAUGGCAGUCAAAUAAAUUUCACUUUUAAACAAAGUUUAGUGGAGUCUUUUCUGUCUGUUCGAUCUACUUUCUUAUUAGAUGACCAGCGCUGUUCUCACCAUGUUUAGAUCUGCAUACAGGUGCGAAAGUGCAUUUUCCACAAUGAACAUUUUUAAAGAACUAACUAGUCAUACCGAAGCAACUUGUCUUUUGACCAGUGAACAUUUGCACCAGUGCCUUCAUCUGGUAAUUAUACCUUUUGUGCCAAGGUUCAAGCAACUUGUUGCUGACAGACAGUGUCACUUUUCCCAUGUUGAAAGUGACUAGGAGACUGACAUCCUUGUUAGAGUCUACAACAGACAUGCUCUAUUAUUCAUUCUACUUUGAUACUUCAAGACAUUAUCUGUCUCCCCAAUACCAGGUAUUUAUAGGUACAAUUUAGAUUUCUUUUCUUAACAAAGUAAUACAAUUUUGUUAUCAUUAAUAUUGACUCUCGCUGUAUUUCGAUUUUUUUUUUUGCCUGCGUUCCAUAUGAAACUAUUAUAAAUUUGUUUGGAUUAAAUGCUCCCAAAAUAAGGGCCAGAUUGCACAAAAAAGCAUCUAGGACCCCGACCGCAUGGGUCUUUGCGCUUCACGCACAUUUUUUUUGUAUCCACUUCACCUUGGCCCUUUCAGGUUUACUUGGAGUCUCAUCUGGCCCUUCAAAGAAAAAGUUUGAGAACCCCUGACCUGGUCUAGAGCAUCAGAUGAUAUCAUAAGACGGUCUUUGAUUAUUAUUUUUCUGUCAGUGUGGAUGGAAUAAGUUAAGUUUACAAUGAUCUAUGAAAAGCAGUACUAUAUUGAGAUUUUGAAAUCUACUAUAUUCAUGAGACACUAUUACGAUUUAUCCAAGUUAAGCAAGGUAUGAAUAAUUGAUGUGUUAUAAUUUCCAUUCGAAGUAUGUUGUACACUACCGUGUAUAUUUCCUUAUUGUUGUUUUUAUUUGUGUGGGAAUUAAUUUGGCAAUGUUUGUAUGGUCUUAAUUUGAUUUCUCUUACUAACAGGUCGCAGAUGGGGAGAAAAGUAAUUGAUUUUGUAAUGCAUGUAUUUAAAGCCUGUCAAAAGUCUUGUUAAGCAUAAAGUUGUGGAUUAGACACUCAGUGAAACCAGGCUAUGCAAAAUGGACUUAAUUCACUGUAGCCGUAGUAUAGGCGU